AUGCGUCUGCUAAACACCAGCACCCUUAAUUUGGAAGAAUUCGCGGAGGGCCGAAUACCUCAGUACGCCAUUCUGUCACAUAGAUGGGGCGAAGGCGAACUCUCCCUUCAGGAUGUGGAAAACGGAGAGCUAAUAAAACAGGGUGUAAAGAAAGGGGGAUACGACAAGGUGCGGCGAUUCGCCUUCCGUGCACAAUCCGACGGUUUCGAGUAUGCUUGGAUCGACACGUGCUGCAUUGACAAGACAAGCAGCGCCGAGCUGUCGGAGGCAAUCAACUCUAUGUACGUUUGGUACUAUAGAGCAGAUAGGUGCUAUGCAUAUCUUGCUGAUGUCCGGUCGGUAGAUGAGAUCUGCGAAAGCGAGUGGUUUCAAAGAGGAUGGACCUUGCAAGAGCUGCUCGCACCAGCUGAAGUCUAUUUCUUUAGCAAGAACUGGGACGACCUAGGGACCAAGGAAACACGAAAACAGGAGAUAUCCCAUCGCACAGGUAUACCGUUCGGCAUUCUUUCCGGUGAUGACGAGCUUGAAACAGCUAGUAUUGCCCAGAGAAUGUCAUGGGCUGCGGAGAGGAAGACAACGAGGGUCGAAGAUACUGCCUAUUGCUUAAUGGGAAUAUUUCGCAUUAAUAUGCCAUUACUUUACGGAGAAGGACAACGAGCUUUUGCCAGGCUCCAGGAAGAAAUCAUACGGACCACACAUGGUGACACUUCCGGUGGACUUCUGGCCGUCUCUCCAGCUGCGUUCGAGAAUUCCAGGAACAUUGUUACACUAGGCACCUCUAAUUCUCCCUCAACUGUGAGUAGUCUAGGGGUUCAUGUAGAGCUACGCUUUGUAGGCAUAGGACCUCGAGGACCAGGCCUGGCAAUUCUGAAUUGUGCGGAAGAAAAUGGCAAAGAUAAGCCAAUUUCCAUCUACGUGAGAGACAUAUCCUUGACAAUGGAGCGAUUUGAACGGCUCUACAGUGAAAAGCUCGAGCCGCUUGACAUGAGGAAAUUUAGACCCUCACAGAUUUCAACGAAGCGGCUAUGCAUCCAAAGGGGGCAUAUGUUGCCUCUACGGAAAUCCAAAAGCGUCGGAAAAAGCGAUAGAAAAGCAGAAUAUGGCAUCUACGACGAUCAAACGCUCUCAAAAUUGAUGAGUUUUGGAGAACCGACAGCCCUACACGAUGCAGCAAGAGCAGGACUUGAGGAGAAGGUAUGGCUGCUGCUUACACGAGCAGACACCAAGGUCGACGUCAAGGAUAAAGACGGACGGACAGCAUUGAUGCUUGCAGCAGAGCACGGCCACGCGGCUGUGGUUCUAAUGCUGCUCAAGAACGGUGCCGAUAUCGAGGCGAAAUAUGACGGCUGGACGGCGCUAUGGUGGGCCGCCAACGAAGGGCGCGAGGCCGUCGUCUCGCUUCUGCUCGAGAGAGGCGCGAAUAUCGAGGCGAUACCUGGAAGCAGCGGCACGCCGCUAUUAUGGGCUGCUCAGAGCGGACACGAGGCCAUGGCCGCACUGCUGCUCGAAAAGGGCGCUAAUAUCGAGAUGAAGAAUUAUUACAGCGAGACGCCGCUAUUACAGGCUGCUGAGGAAGGACACGCGGCCGUGGUUAAACUACUACUAGACAAGGGCGCUGAUAUCGAGGCGAAAGAUUAUAAUAGCAAGACGCCGCUAUCGCGGGCCGCUGAGAAAGGACACGAGGCGGUGGUUAAGCUACUACUUGAGAAGGGCGCUAAUAUCGAGGCGAAAAAUUAUUAUAACAAGACGCCGCUAUUAGAGGCUACUCGGGGAGGACGCGCGGCCGUGGUUAAGCUGCUGCUUGAGAAAGGCGCUACAAUGACGUGA